AUAGCCGUUGUAUACGGAGCCAUCACCUUGCAACGCACGGAGCAUAGUUACUUUGGCUGUCUAUACUCUAUCAUGAUGGUCCAACAUAAGAUGUGGGUCGUAUUGGUUGUUCUUGUAGCAGUGCAUGCCGCCAAUGCAGCUGAGUGGGAGCCGCUUGGUUGCUACGCAGAUGACCGCGACCGAGCAAUGCCUCAUUACUUCAAAAGUGUAGCAUCCAGUGACUAUAAACACAUCUUCGAAGAAUGCAGAAAAGAAGCCGAGAAACAAGGUUAUGAUUACUUUGGUGUUCAGUACUUUAAAGAAUGCUGGGGAUCCAAACAAGCUCAUAAGACGUACGACAAGCAUGGCUGCAAGGACAACUGUAAAGUCCAAGGCGAAUAUGGCAUUGGAACUCACUGGUCUAACUUCAUGUACCACCGAAAAGAUGAUUGGACCGAAUGUAGUGCAAAAAAGUGCGGCGAAGGUGUCCAACAUAAGCUCAUACUUUCCAAAGACACUCGUCCCAAUUGUCCAUCGUACAACGUGAAGAUUAAAAUAUCAACAGAAACCAAGCCUUGCUCAGCUGCUAAGCCAUGUCCAGUUGAUGGUGGAUGGAGUGCCUACUCAACCUGGUCCACUUGUAGUAAGACCUGUGGUGGAUCGGGAACACAGGAGAGAACUCGUACAUGUACCAACCCUGCACCUGCCCAUGGUGGAAAACCAUGUUCUGGAGGAUAAAGAAAGCAAUGGAUCACAAGGGAUACACUUACGCACGAACCAUGAUGGGAUUCAUCCUGCAAAAGCAAGAAGAUUGUCAUGGUACUGGUGAUAAGAUUAUCAAAGAGAUCAAAGACGCUCUGGGAGAAGAUAAAUUUAAGGAUUUUCUAGCCGUGGAUGGAGAUGUUUCUCUCGUAUUUGUCAUUGACACCACUGGAAGUAUGAAGGAAGAAAUCCACCAAGCCAAAGCCAUUGCACGAGCCAUCGCAAAUUACAAAAGAAAAGGAAAAGUCGAUUAUAUCCUUUCUCCAUACAACGAUCCAGGUUCUGGACCUGUUACGAAAUAUACUUAUGAAACUCGUUCAAACUUUGAGAAAGCUAUCAACGGCCUCUAUGCUCAUGGGGGAGGUGACUGCAAUGAGUUGACAUUCAAUGGAAUUAUCAAUGCUAUCAAGGUUGGAGAUCCACUACCAAGUUCUCCCAUGUAUGUCUUCACUGAUGCACCUCCCAAGGCCAGAGGAGAUUACAAUAGAGAUAACGCCAUUGGAUAUGCCCUGGACUACGGGAAAAGGCAACCUUGAAACUUCUCCUGCCACAUAUUUCAAGUCUUAACAUGGCGUCAUUAAAAGCUGAUCUUGUCAACGAACACGGAGUGAGCAUCAAGGAUUUGACGUUCAAAGAUGAUACCGCCACCUUCGACCUCCCUUCUGUUAGAGCCUUUAGGAUCCGCCUGUCCGGUAAGACACACGACGGCAACGCAUUCCAGAGACUGUCGCGUGAAGAGGUCAAACCCCAAACCGCAAUCAUCCGCACUCAGAUCCACCAGAGUCUCCUGACCAUCAAACGAGGGGUAAGAUCAUCUUUCCGUGCUGCAAUUGACUAUGCAGGUAGUGGAUCCAAGACGUUUUCAGUGAAGGCAUCCGUAGUUCCAUCAAAUUUGAAACUCUCUGUCAGAAGUUCCGUAAGAGUGACAAAUGCACGCCCAGGGUACGUUUUUGCCUAUCUGACUGCUCCUGCAGGAACCCCAGUUGGUACAGUUGCCAAAGUUCAUAUUAUUGCCUCUAGCGGAGACAUCAAGCUGAAUCUUUUGGCUCAUUUGAUGGUUAAAUAACUAAAUAAGUCAAUGCGUAUGGAUAACCAAACAAGUAUUUAAUAUGUUUCGAUUAGAGUUAAAAAAGCAAGAUAUAAAUUGUAUUAGUAAUAAGAUAUGGAUCAAGUAAAGUCAUAAUUGUAGACUGAAGCAAAAUUAAAAACCAGCAGAAAGCAA